AUGAGCUACUUCCGCAUCCAACUCGUCCGCUCGGCAAUCGGUCUCCCGCGCCGCACGACCGACGUCCUCAAGGCCCUGGGCCUCAAGAAGCGCAUGGCCACCGUUUUCCACGCCGUCUCGCCCUCAGUCGCCGGUCAGAUCAUGAAGGUCAAGGAGCUGGUCGAGGUCCAGGAGGUCGACAAGCGGUUAACGAAGCAGGAGGUGCACCUGGAGCGCAAGCCCGACCCGGGUUACUACGUUGAGAAGACGGGGGUCGCGGAAUUCAAGGAGCUGCGCCGUCGAUGA